AAAAGGUUGUAUCAAAAAUGAGAAGGAAUGAGUUGUCUUUGGAGAUCUAGACUAUUGGUUAAUUUUGCGAUAUUCACCUACCCUAGAAUCUUUCUGGAGAACUUCGAGAAUCAUUUUAUUCCUCAAAGGAUAUUUUCCGCUCUCUCCACACCAAAGUAUAAAGACAAAUUUGCGAUUGGAUCAAAGAAGAGAAACACAAAGAAAAAUUCAGGCCAAGGGAGGAAGCUGUCACCGUCAUGGAAACAGAUUGAUGUCUUUGAGUUGGACCCCUUAAAGGGAGAUGAUGCACCAAACAUCCCAGACACUGUCAGACAGCGUGCAGUGUCUGACAUUUUGCUUGGAGUCAUUCAGGAUGUGCUGAAUGGUCCAGAGAUGGAACCUGCUCUGCGUCCUGUCCUGGGAAAUUUCCACGUGGAGAUUACACGGGUUAAAAUGACUCCAAACCUUAGAAGUGCCUCUGUAUUCUGGAGAGUUGCAGAUGAAUUACAAGGCAGUGAACAGAGUGUUCAGAUGUUGUUAAAUGAAAACAGGGACCACAUCAGGAAGCUUCUUCCUGCCUAUUCCACUCGACCUCGCUUUCCCCAAAUGUCUUUUAUCAAAGAUAGAAAAGCUGAAUAUGAAAGAACAGUGGAGCAGCUUAUUCAAGAGGCCAAGCAGGCAGAUGGCUUUAUAAAAGACUCUAGCAAAAUAUCUGAAGAAGUCUGAGUCAUUCAUGAGAUUCAAAAUUGUACAUGGUAUGGAAUCACAGAUAAAGAUUAUUAAAGAAGUUUUGAAAGAGGUGUAAUGAAGUUGGUGGAGAAAUUUCAACCUUUCUGCCACACUAUUUUUCUGCCCAUUUUUGGAGUAGCAAUCUCCCAGGUUUUCUCAGCCUGAUGUGUCUCAAAUGAAUGUUUUACAUGUUAUGAUGGAACUCAGAAAGUCAGAUGUGGCAUAUGUUAACACUUAAGAAACUGGCAAGUUUUGCUUUGUUUCUGAUUUGCAUCUCUCCUUCACAAGAAAAAAAACUGCUCUGGGGUGAAAUUGCUCUUCCUCCUGACACGAGUUGCUCAAGGACAGACCUUACCAUCAGCCACAAAAUUUCUCUCCUCAGGCAGGUGUUGGUGGCACAAACUUUUCAGUUCAACAGGGAGUAAUUCUCCCAUUUAUAAGCUUUAUUAAUGAAGAACACAAUGAAAAAUCUCCAUAGAGGGGUUGUAUGUGAUACUGUGAUUAGGGCCGUGUGGAAGGUGCACAACCCUGCAUACUGCCUCGUAAAAAAAUGAAACAAGGAAGAAGGAAGAGGAAGAACAGCUGUCUUACAAUAAUGAUAUGCUUAUUGACUGAGUCACUGCAGGUUGGAGAGGAAAAUAUUUGGCCUUUGAUCACUCUAGCCUUACUAGGCUGAGCAAAAAGUUGCUAUAUAGAAUGAGAUGCUUAGGUUUUAAUGUCACUAUUGUCAAAUGCAAGGAAUGAGAGGCUAAGAACGAUAUACUGUAAAUAAAGAUAUAACUUUUGAAAUUACAUCAGUGCAACUGUUCAUUUUGCUUCAACUUUUUCAUGUGUUGUAAAAUUUUGCACUUGAUAAUGGUGACAUGUGGCCAGUGAAGUGUUUUGUUUCAGCGAAGCUUUAAGUCUUAAGUGGAAAAAGAGAACGACAAAUUUUCAAGAAAGAAAUGGGAAUGGGAAAAUUUUUCAUAUUUGUAUCCUUACUAUUCAGUCAGUAAGUGUAUACAUUUAUAUCAUUUUCUAUCACUCUGACGAAGGGCUAACGCUCAAAACGUCAG